AUGCUCCACGCCGUUGUCGAGAACACUUCCUUCGGCGGUGGCAGUGAUGCUUACCAAGGCAAAUGCGGCUUCGAGGCCUUCACGCAUCACCGUCCUGCCGUACCUGUGCCCGGCUGGUUCGAAUGCCUGUGUAGCUUUCGGUAUCCACCCUAUCAUAAGAAGCAUAUGUCGAAAGUCGAUGUUAAAAAUCCUAGUCUUACGAGGGGAGAGACCUUGGAGGACCAGAAAGUGGGUAGUUCGACAGCGACUACGGUGUCGAAGCUACUGGCGACUUCUGCAAAGUGGGCUACCGUUGCGGUGAAUUUUGCUAUGGUGGAAACAAGGAUUGAGAUGCUGAGGUCUGCGAUAGGUGGGCUGCGCAACGGCUUAACACGCGGCUUGCAUCCGCUACUUGUUCGAGAAGCAGACGGCACCAGUGCAUGA